CACCGUAGAGGACUCUCUGAACCUUUCAUUACACAUUCCCUUCAAGCUCGCCGACAAAUCACACAAGUAGCACAUAUUCUCCUUCUCUCUCUGCCCUCCCACCUCUCUCCUUUUUGUCUCUCUGCUGUUCUGCCCUUGUAGUCAUACUACUGUGUCUUACUUUUAAGUCCUUGACGCACUGCACGUGUCCAAGCCAGCAGCACAGCUGUUGCUUUAAUGUUCACAUUUUUUUGUAAAUUACACUCGAGGCGUUCACUGAUACUGGAUGCCAGUGCUGGUAGGAAGAGGGCUGUGAUCAGAUUUGUGGCACGCGUAUCGCUGUCAUGAGAGUCAACGCCUCGAGCUUUCUAAUUUUCGGUGGCAAUGGAAACCAGAGCUCCGUCUUUAAAGAUGCAUGAGACGUCUUGAGCAACAGAGAAUGGAGACGGAGGCUCAGGCAGCGAAAGUGUCUCUGUGUUGGAGACAGUGAAACACGGGAGGGGUGAGGCUCAUGCAGAUGACAGUAAAGUUGCCAGUGGCAGGUGCGGGUGCCCAAGUCAUAGUAGAGCACGGUGUCAGGACUGGUCACUGUGUGUGUGUGUGUGUGUGUGUGGGGCAGGUGGGGGGGCCUCCACCUGCUGAAUGAACCCCAUCAGCGUCGGGGAGUACCAUGGGCUACGGGUGGGUUCAUCCCUGCUCGGCAUCGUGGCGGGCUGCAUCAUCAUUGGGGUGUCCAGGGAGUGUGAUGCUGAUGCUGUAGGAGGUAUCUUCCUGGGAGCAGGAGGCCUCGGCCUGCUCAUAUCGAUCUACCCCUUCAUAAAAGCCUGGCUGAACAUCAACCAUAUUCUCCCAUCCUUUGGAAACUUCAGAGUGCACCCUACGGUUGCCAACCCCGCUCCCGAACAACCGAUAGAUACGCUAAGACGAGAAGGGACUCAGAGUCAAUUAAAUCUGGAACGUUCUAAGAGUCGUAUGGGAACCUUUGUGGAGGGGGGACCGAUGGCAGAGACCAACCCAGAUGAGGGGACGUCUUCAGACAUGCCAGACGUCUUAUCUAGGCGGAAACAAAAGCAGUUGCCUUCUGAUCAAGACCUGCCUUGACGUCAUCAGAUGAUCUGAGUGACCAAUAUUAUUCAACUUCCUAGCUAAUUAGUGUCAUUUGGUUUCUUUCUAAUGUUAGACAAAAGAUGUUAGAUCAUUGUUUUUCUGUAGAUUUCUUGUAUCAGCAGUACUAUCUGUUUAGAUCAUGAUAUUGUACUUCAGUGGUCUGAUAAACUGAAGAUUAAAUAGUGAUUGUUGGUGAAGUAUUUCCAUUCUUCCUGACACUGAGUGAAGAAAAUUAAGCGCUGUAGUCCCACUUGCUAUCAGCUCAUCUCAUCAUCACACAA